CCUCACCUGUGACAUGAAUGUUUUCCCCCAUUCCAGUGCAACUCAGUAUACCUGCAUGCUGCUUAGCUAUGUGUUAGAGAAUAAGCGUGGCAGAGAAGCGGUGCUAAUGAAGCUCAAACACCUGGAGUCUAGCAUGAGCUCUGGCCGCAAGCUGUUCCGGCUCGGCAACAUGGUCCACGCCAUCGUGGCCGCCCGGCAGUCCAACCAGCUGCCGGAGCUGGUCCCCCGCUUCUGCCUGACGGUCUCUCACCUGAACCGGGCCCUGUACUUCGUCUGCGACAUGCUCCUGUGGGUGAGAAGCGUGGGGCUCUUCCCCCAGAUCGACAAGAAGAAGUGGCGCCGGCGAGCCACCCGGUGCUACUACUACUCCCUGGUGAUGAACCUGACGGAGGAUUUGUACGAGCUGUGCCGGCGCAUGGAGCAGACGGCGCGGGCGGAGGGGGCCCGGGAGGACUCGCCUCCGCGUGGCCGGCGAGUCCGGAGCUUCGUGUCCCGUCUCACGGGGGGGCUGCAGCCGUUCCUCCUCCUCCUCUGCCUCACCUUGAGGAGGCAUCCUCCUCUCUUGCUCGACACCCUGAAGAACCUUUGCGAUCUCUCGAGCCCCCUGGACCGGCUGGGAAUCUACAAGACCCACCCGGUAGUCAUCGCGCUCUGCGGCAUUGUCUCCUCCCUGGUCGGGAUCCUGACGGUCGCCAGUCCGAGCCUGAAGCUAAAACCUUCUCAGGAGAUUCCCCGAUAG